UGGCGGGGCGGGGCGCGGCUCGGCGGGCAUGGCCCGCGCCCUGCUGCUGCUGCUGCUGCCCCUGCUGAUGGCGGGUACCUGGGUGGGACCGCGGCCGCCGGCGGCCCGGAGCCAGGAGGCGCCACAGACCCCAGAUUGGAGGAUGACGCUGAAAACCAUCCGGAACGGCGUGCACAAGAUCGACGUGUACCUCAACGCGGCGCUCGACCUCCUGGGCGGCGAGGACGGCCUCUGCCAGUACAAAUGCAGCGACGGAUCCAAGCCCUUCCCUCGCUAUGGAUAUAAGCCUUCACCACCAAGUGGUUGUGGAUCACCUCUAUUUGGAGUUCAUUUUGACAUCGGUAUCCCUCUGAUGACAAAGUGCUGCAAUCACCACGAUAGAUGUUAUGACACUUGUGGCAAUAAAAAAAAUGACUGUGAUGAGCAAUUUCAGACCUGCCUCUCCAAAAUCUGCAGAGAUGUGCAGAAAACACUUGGAAUAUCAGAGAACGUACAGGCUUGUGAAUCAAUUGUUCAGCUCUUGUUUGAUGCAGUUAUACACUUAGGAUGUAAGCCGUACCUUGACAGCCAGAGAGCUUCAUGUAUGUGUCGCUAUGAGGAGAAGACAGAUCUCUGAAAGGCAUGGAUGUCCUGCAGUUUGCAAUGAAGUAAAACAACUGGAAUGAAGCAAAUAUUUACAUUUCUCAUGCUUGACACAGAUGGUUGUUGUUUUUUUUACAAAAAGAGACUAUCACGAAGUCAUCUAUAAAGGAGAAGGACCAAUGCAUGAAGGGUAUGCACGUGAAGACCACAUUCAGCCCCAUCACCCAGGAGAUCUCGAUUAAGGGGUAGGCUGGCUUACCAAAGACCAGAUCAGAGUCAAGCCAUCAGCCAGAUGGAAGUUGCCACUGUAUUCCAGGCCCACCUUGAAGCUCAUCUCUUUGGGACAGCUGUCCUCGUUGCAGACUACUGGCCAGAUGAGUCUGAUGGCUUUGAAGAUGGGCAGGAUAUUGCUCAGAUGUCCCUGAAGCUGAGCUACUCUAGCACCUUUCCUGUCAACUUGGUCUGGAGCAGCUUCUCAGACUCUGCCCUAAUCUUAUUCAUCACCAAGUUCCUGACUAGGGCCAUGUCCCUAAGCUCUGUGAAGAGAAAGAGGAAAGUGGCAUUGAGGAGGUGGCACAUCUUAUUGCUGGAGGUGGGAUCCAGAUGGGGUUCUGGCUGCUGUGGUAGCAUAGUGCUGGGCUCCAGGUGGGAGCUGAGGCAGCUAGCACUGAUGCCAGAUCUGGCUCUGGGGCUGUCUAGCUGCCUGGGGUAUACGAGGCCACCUUCAGCUUUGGCCACUCUGAGAGGCUCCAGCAUCUUCCUGUAGAGGAAGCAGGAGCGUGAAGAAGCAGUUGGCCAGUACCAAGAACAAGACGUCAUACACCAGCAGCAUCAUUGCCUCAAGUGCACCAACCUUCACAGCAUAACCUUGAGAGGUGCCCCUGCUUGAGGGGAGGUCCCAUCCCUGCAUCCCAGUGCCAUGUAGGAGAGCUUGAGAAGCUGUUUGUGCUGCUCUCCAGUUAUGGGGUAAGAUGAAUGACUCAUACUUUGUUUUUAGGCGCAUGCUCAGUUGGCACUCAGCUGUUGAACCUGAUGUUGUAUUAAACCAGGUGUCUUCGAUACAUUCUUUCAGCCUCCACGCUUGAGACAAAUUUGUGAUUGUUAAGCUGCCUUAGAGAGUGUUACCAGUACUGUUCCUCACUGUCUUCCUAUGCAAGGCCUUAUGUGCAAGGCUAGGCUGAAGGAGGAAGCUGAGAGAAAGAAAGAAGGGGUGGAAGGAGCACGCCAUCACAUGAGUACCAUCCCUGCAGUGGCAGUAGGGGGUCUGGAGGUUUUCAGGUUAUGUGUAAAUGCGACACUUAGGGAUAUGGUUUUGUGGGCAAGGUGGUGAUGGUUGGACCAGACGAUCUUGGAUGUCUUUUCCAACCUUAAUGACUUAGAUUAAACACUAAGAUGAAUGUGUUGGUUAGAAAGUCACUACGCUAUUCUGCCUCGUGUUUAAAAAAUAAAGUGUUAAGUCUUCCUUAUCUUCUUUAUACUACAAGCUUGGAAACUGAUUCUAGACUCCUUUGGUGUAUGUACAUUUGGGGUAUGCUGUUGUAAAAUACAAAUGCUAUUUUCAAUUAAAAUAAAGGAAACAGCAUAGUGGGGAAGUCAGAGGUGCAGAAGAGAGUUGAAUCUCAGUUUAUUUUUAAUAUAGGCCAAGUGUUAGGUUUGCAAGCAGCUGAUGUAUCUGAUAGGUAAGAAUAGGAAGAAGAGUUCUAUGGAGUUAAAAUGGCACCUUGAAUGGCCUUUCACUUUGAAUUAGGUACCUUUAGAUCUCUCUGAUGUACUUCGUCCUGUGGGUUUGUUUUAAAACAAAGAAAACCGCCCUAAGCAAGGCGUAUAUCUGUGCUACAUAGUUCUACCUGACCCAACCUUACUUCCUUGGCUCUCUUCAGAUCAGUAUGUCAAUCCUUUUAAGGACUGACUCCUAAAGAGAACAGUUGGUGACCUGAGAAUAUAGUUUUGAUCUGACAAAAUGCUGGAACGUGGUUGUAAUGUUACAGAAGUUCAGAAAGGAUUCAAGUGUUUAUUUUUCAGAUAAAACAUUGUGUUGUGUAUUAUAUGUGUAGAAAAAGAAUAUAUUGUUCACAGAGGUUGAUUUAUAUUUGUCUCAUGGCACCACUUAGUUACUGUAUUCAUCACUACUUUCAUUUAGUCUGUUCUGACUGAAAACUGGAAGAUUCCACCAGUUGGUUCUGAGUGCCCAAAAACCUUAUUUAAAAUGCCCACUGUGAUGCUGACAGAAAUUUGAGCCUUUAUUUCUGUCACCUUUUCCCAUGACCUCUGUGAGGCUGACAGAUAUCUGAGCCUUUAUUUCUGUCAUCUCUUCCAUGACCUCUCUAGCUGAAAUCAUCAUCAUGUCUGAAUUAUUUGGGGUUUGCCCUCUGUACUCAUCUUCUGUUGCUCACCUCCAGUUGUCAGACCUCAGUUAACUUUUACGUUUAGUCCCAUCCUGCUGUCCUCAUUUGCCUUAGAAAUCCACAGAAUGUGACUGAAAAUCAAAAUACUACAUCCAUGAACAGGGAGAAUAAACUAUGCAGAAAGCCUAAAGUUCACUUAA